AUGUCUGCCCGCCAGCAGCAAAUGGGCCGACCAGGCGGCGCCCGCUUCGCUCAGUUCAAGCUCGUCCUUUUGGGCGAAUCCGCUGUCGGAAAGAGUUCGCUCGUCCUCCGUUUCGUCAAGGACCAGUUCGACGACUACCGAGAAUCCACCAUCGGCGCUGCCUUCUUGACCCAGACAAUCGCUCUCGAUGACACGACCACCGUCAAAUUUGAGAUCUGGGAUACCGCAGGUCAAGAGCGCUACAAGUCUCUGGCCCCCAUGUACUACCGCAACGCCAACUGCGCUGUUGUGGUCUACGACAUUACUCAAGCCGCGAAGGCUUGGGUCAAGGAGCUGCAACGUCAAGCCAACGAGAAUAUCAUCAUUGCUCUUGCCGGAAACAAGCUCGAUCUUGUCACCGAAGAACCCGACAAGCGCGCUGUCUCCACCGCCGACGCCGAACAAUACGCCCAGGAAGCCGGUCUGCUCUUCUUCGAGACCUCGGCAAAGACGGCCGAGAACGUCAAGGAACUCUUCACCGCCAUCGCAAAGAAGCUCCCGAUCGAGCAAGCCACCCAGAGAGGCAUGCGCGGCGCCCCCAGACCCGGUGUUGACCUCAGACCCGAGGCUUCCGGUACACAGGCUGGCCAGGGCUGCCAAUGUUAG